UCAAAGUCAAUGAAUGAUAACCAAAAACUUGCCAAAAACCAAAAUUCUCAGUCACAAAAUUUGCAAGAUUUCAAUAUUUUUUACUAAAUUUGAAGUAAGUAAAUACAGCCACUUUUACAGUCGAAAAUGUUAACGUAAACGUUAAAAAUGAGUAACGAAGUCAACCCAGACGCAGUAGUCGAAGAAUAUGGACCAAAGAAAGAAGACGUUGUGGUAGAUAAUACACCAACAAAAGAACUUGUGGUGGAGCAAGUUAAUCGCCCAGAAUCAUCAGAACCAGGAACAGAAACUGAAGAAGAGCGAAGACUUCGAGAGAAACGUUGCAAAUGCUACGCUGACGCGAGAAAAUCUAGUGCUUGCCCUCCGAUAAAAAAUGUUACCCAUCCACUGCGUUACUACGAGUUCACCCCAGAAGAGCUGAAGGCGCUGGAAGAGUGUGACCGAGAGAGCUUCUACAGAAGAUGUCUUCCUUUAAGUACCACACUUGCUACUGCCACCUACAUUGCUGUUAAGAAAGGAGUCCUGAAGAGGAACCCGCAUUUUGGUGCCGUUCCGAAGGUGACGUUUGCAUUUCUGGCCGGCCACGUCAUAGGCAGACUAUCAUCUAUAGGCAGAUGUGACGAAAGACUUCGGAAGAAAUUGCCAGAUGACAGCUACCUCGGAAACGUCUUGAGGGAAUACCACAAAAAAGCCAACCCACCACCAGAAGAAAACCAAAGCUGAAGUCUCCUUCCUGGGACACCUGCUUCUGCCUUUCAAUAUUGCCGUAUACUGGUAGUAUAUUAUGUAUUAUAAAAUGUAUUACUUAAAUGUAUUGUUUAGUCCUAGA